GCGAAGCUCUCUUUUCGCGCUCUCUUCUGUAUCUGUGUACUAUCUCGCCGAAAGAUCUCUCCCUCUCUCUUUUGUCUCCCGCAAACUUGCGGUUAAUAAAAUAAAGCACAAAAAAACAUAUGUACGUUGAUGGGGGCGUCGUCGCCGCUCUGCCGGCAUCGCUGUCGACGUCGCUGCCUUCGUGGGGCUUUGGUCGUUGACGUCGCGUCAGUUAAAAAGCGUCGCUUGGUGGAGCUAGCUAGCGAUUUUAUUUAUAUUUUUAGACUUAUUUUUUGUAAUUCGCUAUUUGUAAUUUGUAUUCGCGGUUUUUUCGCAUUUCGUUUGCAACUGUGGUCUCUCUCUCUUUCUGUCCCUCUCCUGUGUCUUUCUGCGCAACUCUCUUCUUCUUCCUUUUCGGCGUGGCUGUUUCUUCUUCUUUCGCCUCUUCCAUUUGUUGUUGACGUCGCGUUGUUGUGCAUUUAAUUCUUCAUUGUGGUCUGUUUUUAGUCUUUUUUUACAUAUUUUUUUGUAGUUAUCGUUUGAAAUGUGAUAUAAUUAGUUAAGUAUUUAUUUAUAAAACACGCGACGCCGAGAAAAGAAAGAAAGCCCAAUAAAGGGAAAUCGAGGAUUGCUAACCAAACAACAACUAAAAGAGAGCAACGAAAAGGAGCUGCGAUAACAACAAACGCAAAGAGAAUCAACAAAUAACGGCAAUGCCCAAUGUGGUGGAGCAGCAGAAACGAUCAGAAAAAAACCAAAGCAAAAGCUGAAACCGAAAACCGAAACAACCGACAAACAACGGAAAAUGCAAAAUUUCAUUAAAGCACGCAGAUAAAAUACAAUUUGUUAAGCAUUAUUCAAAAGCCCCAACAAAAUAAUUGAAAACAGAAGUUGAAGAAAGAUUAUCGGACGACCUUCGGAGAAUAAAUACAUAUUGCUUGGAAAAUAGAACGAUCUUUAGAGAAAUGAAAACAGCGAAGUUUACAAGGAUUUUCAACAGGAGCUCGAAAGGAAUCUGAUGAAUUUGAGAUCUCUGGCAACUAAAAAUUACAUCAGAAAUAGGACAACUUCAAAGCAUCAUUUCAACAAAAUACAAUUGAAAAAUAUACAAAAAUAAUACAAUUUGCACUUAAUAUAUAAAUGGAAAUCCUUAGAAAGUGAAAUAUCAAGUUUACGACGAUCGUACAACUACCAUUUCCCGAGACAUUGCAUCCUACAACAAAUAGACAAUCAAAACAAAAGCGAAAAGGCCACAACUGCUGGGAACGCUCCCCAGAAUAAAAGCACCAAGAUCGGCCAAUCCAAGGCACUAUCCGCCUAUUCGCUCGCGAUUCAUCCGCCACUGGACCUGACGUCCGGAGACCCGGAAUCCGAGAUGGUGUACUCCACAAACAUCCUUCUGGCGAUCGUGACGAUCCUGACGGGCGUGUUCAUCUGGUCCCGACGCACCUACGUCUAUUGGCAGCGCCGGCGGGUGAAGUUCGUCCAGCCGACCCACCUGCUGGGCAACCUGAGCCGGGUGCUCCGACUGGAGGAGUCCUUUGCGCUCCAGUUGCGCCGCUUCUACUUCGACGAGCGGUUCCGCAACGAGCCCGUCGUGGGAAUCUAUCUGUUCCAUCAGCCAGCCCUGCUCAUCCGCGAUCUCCAGCUAGUCCGCACCGUUCUGGUCGAGGAUUUCGUCAGCUUCUCCAACCGAUUCGCCAAGUGUGAUGGGCGCAGCGACAAAAUGGGCGCCUUAUCGCUUUUUUUGGCCAAACAACCCGAGUGGCGCGAGAUCCGCACCCGUUUAGCACCAGCCUUCGCAGGCGCCAAGCUGAAACAGAUGUUCUCGCUGAUGGAGGAGAUCGGCUGCGAUCUGGAGUGGUAUCUGAAGCGUCUGACUCGAGAUCUUAGACGGGGCGACGCGGAGCGAGGGGCGAUUGUGAGCAUUAAGGACGUGUGCGAUCUGUACAACACCGACAUGAUAGCCAGCAUUGCGUUCGGACUGAGAUCCUACAGCCUGAGGAACACGCAGUCGGAGAUCGGCUCACAUUGUCAGGACCUGUUUCGGCCGAAUGUGCGUCGAGUAAUCGACUUGUUUGUGAUCUUUUACCUGCCAAAACUGGUGCCGCUGCUGCGGCCCAAACUUUUCACGGAGCCGCAUGCCACAUUCCUGCGCCGGGUCAUCCAGCUGGUGAUCGAGGAGCGGGAACGCGGCGGCGAUCUGCGCAACGAUCUCAUCGAGAUGCUGCUGACGCUCAAGAAGGAGGCGGAUCUGCAGCAGGACAAAUCGCACUUUACGCACCAUCGGGACUUCUUGGCCGCCCAGGCGGCAUCCUUUGAGGUGGCCGGCAUUGAGACCUGCUCGGCGAGCAUGUCCUUUGCACUCUACGAGUUGGCCAAACAGCCCCUGAUGCAGUCGCGCCUGCGACGCGAAAUACGCGAGGCUUUCGCCGACAAUCCCAAUGGGCGGCUCACCUACGAGGCCGUCGCCCGCAUGGAGUUCCUCGACAUGGUCGUGGAGGAGACUCUGCGAAAGUAUCCAAUCGUGCCGCUCCUGGAGCGCGAGUGCACGCCGAUCAACAAGAAGCGCUUCUACUCGCUGAGGCCACAUGCCGAGUGCUACGCCCGCCGUGGAAUGCCCGUCUUCAUAUCCAAUCUGGCCAUCCAUCACGAUCCCAAGUACUGGCCGGACCCGGACCGCUUCGACCCGGAGCGCUUCAGUGCGGCGAACAAGGCGCUGCAGGCGCCCAUGUCCUACAUGCCCUUUGGGGCGGGGCCGCACAACUGCAUCGGGAUGCAAAUCGGAUUGCUGCAGAUAAAGCUGGGCCUCGUUUACUUUUUGCACCGACACCGCGUCGAGAUUUGCGACCGUACCGUGGAGCGGAUUCAGUUCGACGCCAAGUUCGCGCUGCUGGCCAGUGAGAAACGCAUUUACCUCAAGGUCGACUGCUUAUAGCCGCCGAUCCCAUGCAAUAUCAGCAGCAUUACGCAAUGGGCUCCUGAAGGGCAUCGUCAUUGUUUUUGUAAAUAUUUCGGCCUGGCUCAAAUAAACUUUGCUACGAUCUUUUUUUCUAAA